UGUAAAAAAGUAUUUUAAAAAUAAUUUCAUGAAAAGAAUAUGAAAUCAUAUUUUGUUUCUUGUUUUCUUUGAUAAUAGCCAGUCAAGAGAUAAAUGAAUUGCUGAAGGGUACUGAGUGUAGAACUUAGGUUUUUGAAGAUACAUUGUGAAGCAUAAGUGAAACUGGUUACUUAGAAUGGACUAGCUGGGGCUCUCGCCGGGGACUGUGGCCGCAGUCUCUUGGUGGUGGAGUCGACAGCUUGGGAAGAGUGUUGAGGUUCGAGGAGGGUUGCAGGGAUGCUGCAGAUGUUGCUCAUCUGUCCGUGCCGGCAUGUGCACACCUGCAGCGAGGGGGUCGUCUUCUAAAGUGUGUGAAAGCUCACUGGGGCCAGACUGCUUCCAGAUUUACCUCCUGCUCACUCUCUUCUCUUUUCCACUCUGCUCUUCUGCUGCAUCCUUGCUCUCAUUUGUUUAAGCCGUUUUUGUAGGGGAAGUCGUUCUUGUGGAUUUUGGAUUUUCUUGUAAUAUGAAAAAUAGGGAAUCACUGAGUUUUCUAUUAAGGAGUUUUUUCUUUUCUAUUCAGUUACUGUUACCAUUAGUAAGGUGGUUAUAAAGGAAACCUAGUGAAUGUGUUCUUUAGGGAAUACCAGUGAAAGAGAAACAUCUGGAAAGUUCUGUACAAUAGUAAAAAUGGAAACAGAUGCAUAAUUGCUACCCUGCCUCCUGUCAGAAGUCUCUGUUAUUAGUAAUUUAGGAAAAAUUUUAUUCUGCCUACCCACAAGGAAAGGUAAAUAUAUACUCAUAAUAUUAAAUUGUUGAAACUGAAGUGAAUAGUUUUAUAUUAAUCCUAGAGAUUUCAGUGAACAAUCUUACAUUUCCAAGAGUAACAAUUUUGCCAGUAAAAUUUAGGAAUUCAAAUAUAACAACUUUGACAUGACUUUCAAAACAGAUGUAAAUUCUUUAACUAAAAUAAUUUAUAUGAUUAAAAAAAGUAGCAUAAUACUACUUUCAAAAUGAUAUGAAAAUAAGCCCCAAAUACAGAAUUCUAAAAAAAAAAACCUGUGGAUUUUUUAGCAAGUAGUUUUUCUAAUAUGAAAUAUAAUCAGAUUUGGCUGAUGAAAUGAAUACUGUUCCUGAAUGGCGUUCUGUUUAGUAGGUGUUCUCUUUUUCCCAUUGCUUCCCCCCCCCCCACCCCCCACUGUUUCUCUGCUUGAGCUGGAGGGGUCUCAGCAGCAAAGGCAUCUGCUUUCCUAGGGUCAGAGUUUUCAGUGGUAGUUCCUCUGUCUUUGACAUAAGACAGUAUGGUUAUAUUAUAUGAGGUCUGUAUUGCCCUUUGGAAGUCUAAAUAAUCCUUUUAAAGUCAAGUUUUUAUAAAGGACUAAACUCUCUUAAACAUGUUAUUUAUGUUUCUGUGCUGUUUUUAAAUUACGGCUUCUCAGUCAUUCACAGAUUUUACAAAUGGAUGUCAGGUACCUGCAGUGAGCUAGGCACUACCACAGACAAAAGUCUUUUGCCUCAUGGAGCUUACAUCCUUUAAGUCCUAGUAAAUAUUCACUAAUGCCCUCCUUCAGAAGUGACUCUCUCUUUCUUUUUAUUCCCCGAGGAAUUCAUUUUUGCUAUUCUCAUGGCAGCCAGCAGUGCUUAGCUUCUAAUGUAGCAGUAUUCAGGUGUAUCUGUCUGGACUAGAAUGUGAAAGAUUUAGAUAUGUAUGUACUUUUACAUGCAGUUUUUGUGGUUAAAAGGAAGGAGAGAGUGAAAAGUUGCUAGAUAAAAUGAACGGGAUGAGUAUUAAAGUUAGCAGCGAGCCAGCACCGUGUAAUGGAGAGAUGACUGGAACGUGAGUCAAAGGACAUGUCAUCACCUAGUUCCAUGAAUUGGUGACUCACUUGCUGCUCCUUUCCUCAGUGAACUAACUCGUCGUAACACUGAGAGGGAGUGCCUGCCAUGUCAGCUUCACAUGACGUGUUUGUAAACAACAGAUACUGUUACUACUGGAGCUUCCUUUUGGAAAAUUUACCUCCAGAUACUGCCAUGAUGUCUGAAAUAGUACAGGUGGAUAUUAAUAAUGUUAAUCAUCCGUGAGAACGUAGAAGGUGGCAAGAACCUGAAGGACUGGGAGAGUUGGAGCCGCCGACUACUGCAUCCUGAAAGGAAGAGGUCUCUUCAGGUAGAGGGCCCAGGAUGGGAACGGAGAACUGAAGGGGAGGAAAUGAAGUUGAGGUCUGAGAAUUACAAGAUGUAUGCUACAACCUUGAAGAAUAAGAAUUGUGUGUUUAGAAGCAUUUAGCGAUCCAGAAAACAUCAUUAAGAUGCUGAUUUGCUGCUUACCAUUCAAUUUGAACGAGUUUACUGAAGUAUAGAGGCUUCACACUGUAUAUUCAGGUAUGAUGAAUUUUUCUGUAUAAUUUCUUCUAGUUCCCAGAUUUAGAAAGCCAAAAAAUGACCAUUGUGAUGGUAAUAAUAGUUAAUAGAUGGGACAUGUACUAUACUUCUGGACCUAUUCUGUCAUCCACUCUUCAUAACAAUUAGGAAGUAGUUGCUGCUAAUAACUUGUUUGCAGAUGACAAAACCAAGACAGAGAGAGAUUAAGUUACUGUCUGAGAUAACCCAGUAAGUAAAUGGUAGAACUGGCAUUUGGACUGGUCAUGUGGCUCCAGAUCUGUGCUCUUUACCACUACCUCAACUCCCUGGGAGAACAGAACGGACAAGGGUAUUCUUAAAAUGACUGAGGUAUUAAUGGAAAGCAUAAUGGAAGAUGAUUUAUUUAAUACAUGAAUUUGAUUCUCAUUUUUCCAAUAUUCACUGAUUUCUUUUUCUGUUGAUUGUUCCAGAAGACAUUUUUAAAAAUUUCCAUUAUUAUAGAAUUAGAGCAAUAUCUUAGGAAAAUAUUUUGUCUAACCAUAGUUCAUUAUGAUUUUCAGUGUCAUCAAAUCACUGUGUGUAUGACAAGACUUAACUAGACGAUGAACAAUUAGUUUUUAAUACAAAGUUUGAUAAGUUAAAAAGAACCCUGCACAUUGAAAAUACUGUAGUUAUACCAACCAUAUGGAUUAUUCAGAUUUCCUAGAUUAACUCUGAAUUUGAGUAAUUAUGGAUUUGUUUUUUGUGACUUUCAUGCAGUGUCUAAGAGAAAUGCUUAUCACACCAACAAAAUAAUUUUUUAUGGAGCCUCUUGUUAUUUAAAGUGGGAAAACAACCAGAAAAUCCCUCUAAUUUUAUUAGUGUUUUUUAACUUUUUUUAAACAUGCAAGAUGCUUUUGAAGUAAGUAUAUCUUUGUCAUUUAGUGAAAAAUAGAAUUUUCCUAGCAGGAAAACUGAACGUUGCGUGUCUUUGAUUGGUUUCCAUUCAAGAACUGGCAGAAUCUCAGAGAGUACUUUCUGAAUCAUGGUUGUUUCUAUAUAUUUAAGGCAGAACAGCUAAUUUGGCCUAAAUAUAAGGAAUUAAAAUGAUAUUUUAAUCAACUUUUCAAGAUAGAAAACUGCUCUUUUUUCUUUCAAAGGCUUGUGGGUGAAAAAGAUGCAGCCCAAGAGCUGUGGCAAUGAAGGGAGCUGGGUUCAAGUUCUAGGCUUAGGCGAAUAUUUACCCUCUCUAGGCCUCCUUUCCUUCAGCAGUAAAAUAAGCCCAUUGAUUUCGCCUCAGUGGAUGGCUGUGGUCCCUUACAGCUCUAAAAAUAAUCUUUGUGGAAUUGGCUGAGAGCUCCUGGAGGAGUUUACAAGUGAAAUGAAAGACUCUUAAGGGUGAGACAGUUUCAACCUGACUGUGCACCUGACCAAAUUUGCCAGGCUUUGAAAAAUGCUGAUUCCCUUCUCUAAAGGAUUGUGAUUCUGAAUUCUAGAUUCCAGACUCGGGACUGUAUAUUUUUAAGAGACUGAUUUGUGAACCUAAUGGGUAGCCAAGUUUGGAACUACUGGUCUGGAAAAGGCUCCAAGGUUGCUGUCUUUUACUCUUCUCUCUCUCUUGCAGGGCUGGGGAGGAGGACAUCUUUCUGUGGACUGUUUGAUUUCCGUCUUCCUCAGAGGGGAGUGUGAUAGUCAUUAGUGUCUUUUCUAUUCCAGGAAGCAAGAAGUAUUCUAUCACCAGAUGAGGAAAAUCAGAAGCAGAGACUUUGUUUACCCGGUGCAGAUAACCUGGCUGGAAUUGUAGAAUAGUGAUUUGAAUUUAGUUUAUCUGAAGCAUUAUUUCCUGAAGAAAAAGUCCAGGAAAUGUAGUUAUAUCCUAAUAAUCUUCAAUUUAAUGGCACUAUGUUUGGGGAAAAUUGGAUGAACUUAAGCCUUUAUAGAGCCCAAACAAUGGGAUGUUCAGGAGAAAAUAAAUACCCAGUCUACCCCUGACUUCACGUGCGUGUUUCUGCCUUUAGGUUUCAAAGUGGUCAAGAGAGUGAAUGUAUCUGAAGUGGAUCUGUCUUGUAUAAAUCAUCAGCAGCAUUGUAUGCAACAGAUAUCAGCAGCAUAUUUAUCUGGUUCACACUUCUGCUGAAUCAUAACCCUUUGCCGCUGAGCUAUGACAAGAGAGGAAACAAAAAGUUAAAAGAGCAAGCCUGCCCUAAGUGAGAAGGUUUCCUUUCUCUUACCUUUCCACUGUCAUAUGCCAUGUAUCCUGAACAAAGCUCGCUGCCUGACCGGAAUAAUCUCUCUUGCCAGCUUAUAAUCAAAGGGAGUACCGAGAAAAACAGCUGAGCUGUAUUAGGCAGCCACAGUCUGGACUGCAUUUCUUAACUGCUGAAUAACACAUCACAGGUGCAGGAUUAGUGCUGCCCACGGUGCUGGUCUUUUUAGUGGAAACCCCUGGCAAUUCUGUGCCUCCUCCUCAUGUCUCAUCCCAGGGAACCUGGCAACGAUCUAUCAAGCUUACAGAAAUCAAAACAAACUUCCUUGAUAACAUGCUUUUGCGAAGUUCAGGAAAAUUAAAUGUGGGCACCAAGAAAGAGGAUGGUGAGAGUGCAUCCCCCACCCCUCGUCCAAAGAUCUUGCGUUGUAAAUGCCACCACCAUUGUCCAGAAGACUCGGUCAACAAUAUUUGCAGCACAGAUGGAUAUUGUUUCACAAUGAUAGAAGAAGAUGAUUCCGGGAUGCCUGUGGUCACUUCUGGGUGUCUAGGACUAGAAGGCUCAGAUUUUCAGUGUCGGGACACCCCCAUUCCUCAUCAGAGAAGGUCGAUUGAAUGCUGCACGGAGCGGAAUGAGUGUAACGAGGACCUGCACCCCACGCUGCCGCCCCUGAAAACCAGAGAUUUUGUUGAUGGUCCUAUACACCACAAGGCCUUACUUAUUUCUGUGACCGUCUGUAGUUUGCUCUUGGUCCUUAUCAUUUUAUUCUGUUACUUCAGGUAUAAAAGACAAGAAACCAGACCUCGGUACAGCAUUGGGUUAGAACAGGACGAAACAUACAUUCCUCCCGGAGAAUCCCUGAGAGACUUAAUUGAGCAGUCCCAGAGCUCGGGAAGCGGAUCAGGCCUCCCUCUGCUGGUCCAAAGGACGAUAGCGAAGCAGAUUCAGAUGGUGAAACAGAUUGGCAAAGGUCGCUAUGGGGAAGUCUGGAUGGGAAAGUGGCGUGGCGAAAAGGUAGCUGUGAAAGUGUUCUUCACCACUGAGGAAGCCAGCUGGUUCCGAGAGACAGAAAUCUAUCAGACGGUGCUGAUGAGGCAUGAGAACAUUUUGGGGUUCAUUGCUGCAGAUAUCAAAGGCACAGGGUCCUGGACCCAGCUGUACCUGAUCACAGACUAUCACGAAAAUGGCUCCCUCUAUGAUUAUCUGAAGUCCACCACACUAGACACUAAGUCCAUGCUGAAGUUAGCCUAUUCUUCUGUCAGUGGCUUAUGUCAUUUGCACACUGAAAUCUUUAGUACUCAAGGCAAACCAGCAAUUGCCCAUCGAGAUCUGAAAAGUAAGAACAUCUUGGUGAAGAAAAAUGGAACUUGCUGUAUAGCUGACCUGGGCCUGGCUGUUAAAUUUAUUAGUGACACGAAUGAAGUUGACAUCCCGCCCAACACUCGAGUUGGCACCAAACGCUACAUGCCUCCAGAAGUGCUGGAUGAGAGCUUGAAUAGGAAUCACUUUCAGUCGUACAUCAUGGCCGACAUGUACAGUUUUGGACUCAUCCUUUGGGAGGUUGCUAGGAGAUGUGUGUCUGGAGGUAUAGUGGAGGAGUACCAGCUUCCCUAUCAUGACCUCGUGCCCAGUGACCCGUCCUAUGAGGACAUGAGGGAGAUCGUGUGCCUCAAGAAGCUGCGGCCCUCCUUCCCCAACCGGUGGACGAGCGACGAGUGUCUAAGGCAGAUGGGGAAACUCAUGACAGAAUGCUGGGCUCACAAUCCUGCUUCAAGACUGACAGCCCUGCGUGUUAAGAAAACACUUGCCAAAAUGUCAGAGUCCCAGGACAUUAAACUCUGAUUUGAGGGGAAAAAUAAGCAUCUCUGGAGAAAGCCAGUCAAUAUUCUUCUGUUUGUGGGCAGAGCAAAAGAUCUUCCAAAAGCAUCCAUAGUACAAGCCUUGAACAUGGUCCUGCUUCCCAGUGGGUUCAGCCUCAACUCUCAGUGAGCAGCCUGGACAAAGACAGAGAAGUUCCCGGAAACACGGAUCCGUUGUGUCUGUGUGUAGGAAGGAGAAGCCGCUUGGGUAACUUGUUCAAGAUACGAUGCAUGUUGCUUUCUAAGAAAGCCCUGUAUUUUGGGAUUGCCUUUUCUUUUUUUUUUUUUUUUUCAAAAAAUGCUUUAAUUUUGCCAAAAUAAAUAAUGUAGAUGUUUUAAGGCUUAUAGUUUAAAUUCUAACAACAAAAAUUCUUCCCAGAAACUCUGCUGGAAGGUAAAUUAAAGUGUGUUUUUCCAUUGGUGAAAAUGUGUUGCACUCUCAAACCAAAAGACAGUCUGUGAAAUUGGAGAUCAUAGACUGAACUCAUCUUGAAAGGCCUGGCCCUUGCCGCCUCCGACCACUCUGGCCAGCCCUGCCUUGAGGCUGCCUCAGCAAUGUGAAUGCACCUGGGUACAAACGCCACCUGCCUGGGACCACAUUUUGGGAUUCCCUGUCCUUUUGGAGCUUCAGAAGAGAUGGAACAAAUGAAGGUUUUAUGUGACUUUAUUAGAACUAAGCGUUGAAGCUGUUCUUCAAAACCACUUUGUGUUUCUGAUUCUGUUAGGCAUUUCUUUCAUGGUGAAAUCCCUUCCUUUUCAUUAAACACAAACAAACCGUUGUUUAUGUGCAGACAGUUGACUCAUGCGUGCUUUUGACCUCUCAAAUGAAAGGAUCGAUAUUCAAUAAAAUAGCCAUCAGUUGAGUUGAAGACAAAGCGCUUUAAAAUUGAGCUAAUUUGCUCUUGUGCUGUAAGGAGUUCCCAUCCACAAGGUAGGGAGCGAGGGAGGAGGUGCAGGGGCCCCAGGGAGAGGAGGCACCCCCUAUCUUGUACAGAUGAAGACGGUUUCUUCUUGUUAUUGUCUGUCUUUUUUGUGUCUGAGUUAAGGGAAGGAAAGGAAGGAUAUGUCAGUUUAAUUUAACUAAAUUUUAAUUUAAAAAUAGAUAAAUAUAACCUCCUACUGGGACAGCCGAAGAGAGCUGUUGGAGGCCACAAAAUAUUCUGGCUGCUGUGAUUUACUAUUCUAGCAUAGAUAUGGAUCAAAUAUGUCCAUCUUAAGUGAUAAUUUUACAUGCUAGGAAUGCUGACUCAUUUUAUUGUAUUCUCAUGAUGUUCAAUUCACUUUCUAAUUUAUUAUUUUUUUCUUCUCUGUGGCACUUGUGCAAAACAUGUCUUCACCUACUCAGUUAUACGGGGUUUUAACUUUUAGGCAACACGAGUCAAGUCAUUGACAGGGCCAACACUCCUUAGCAACAGGAACCGAAAGUUCAAAUUGUACACAUCCCUCUCAACUUGAUUCAUUUACAUUUUGUUGCUGUGGUUUUCUUUUGCUUCUUAGAAAUUCUGUAGUGUUUAGUAAAGAAUUGGGAAGUAGUUCUCCUUGGCCUUUUUAUUUUGACGUUCCUUCCAGAAUGCUCCAGGGGGCACUGUUUUAUAACACAUUUCACCACUUGGUAACUGAAAGAUGGAAGGUUUUUGAAAAUUGGACAGCUGCAUGAAAAAUGAGAGAAUGUUUUUCUCACUUCUGAAGUGGACUUGCAGCUGGUGACUUGUGCAUCCAGAGAACAUCCCAGAACAGAGAGUGUUGUGAGUUGUGUCUACAGUUUGGGAGAAUCAUAAGGAGAAACAGAGUGGUCUGUACUCAGCAUCCACUUCCCAGGGUUUCAUAGCCGCAUUGUGUUUGUAACAAAGAAAGAAGAUUUUCUUAAUCUUUGAAUAUGAAAAAAAUUUCUGUUUUUUCAAAGAUGAAAAACAGUUGGUUCCAAAUAUUCUUGUAAUCAGAAUGCUGCUUUUAUUGAUGUUAAAAUAGCCUGAAUAGGAACGUAAAGGUUCCUUUCCCUUGUUUCGAGUUGUCUUCUUUGUGACAGCUUAGAAGGAAUGUGUGGCUAGAACUACGUGUGAUGAUCAUCUGAGCCGUGGAGAGAAACUUCAGUGCCUCUAAUCAGAUCGUCUGCAAACAAGUACCCUUUAGGCCAGUUAAGUGGGGACAUGUUUGUGUUUCUCAGUUUUCCCUACGUUUAAGUGAGGUUGGGCUUACCUCUUAGAUAAAAAUGUGUUUUCUUUUUGGUAGGCUCUUCUAUGUGAAUAACUUCAAAUUAGGAUAUUUUGUGAGGAAGUGAUGAUUUGAAAAGUAAACUAGAUUUCUAGAGAGGCAUUGGUUCCAGUGAAGAAUGGGAGGAAAUUAAAAGAGUACCCACAUUUCUUCUAUAUUAUUUGUUUAGUUGCUUUGGAAGAAUCAAUAGCUUACUUUCUAAUGCUCAACCAGAUUCACAAUGAACAUUUAAAAGUUAUCCCUGAGAUACUUAAAAAGACCCAUUUAGCUGUCAUAAUCUUUCAAUGAGACAAGAAUGUUUUUAUGAACAGAUUUUUCUAUCUUACUGAAAUCCACCUUACGUAGGGAAAACUAAAUUGUUCUUAUCGAGACUACCUACUCACUUCCGAAUAAUCCUGUUUGAUUUUUACGUUUCUAGUGGCUCAGAAGUGAAUUUUAUUUCACUAUUUUCUUUUGUCUUUGAAUAGGAUAAAUGAGAACAUGGAAAUUAAUAAUGUAGUUGAUUGCUUACUUUCAGGACUAUUUCAAAGACUAAGAUUUUCUUCUAAUUGCUCUCCCCCCAAAAGGAAUCCUAAAUAUUAGUUGUUAGCUAAUAUAAGUUUUGUAUGCUAAGAUAUUGAGGUUUAUAGUUUAUGUAUGUGUGUGUAUAUUAUAUAAAUAUAUAUGUAUAUAUAAAUAUUAUGUUCAGUUUGGAGUCUGGCACAACUCCAUUAUGUGGAUUAGAGAGUAAAAUAUUAUGGAUGAUAAAGUACUAAAUGAAACCUAAUAUUUAUUUAUGAAAGUGUGUAGAUUGUUAAUUUACAAGUGGCGGUGCUGUGCACACUGUGUGUGAGGAGACAGGCCUCUGACCGCCCAGAAAGCACCGCUCAGAAGUCACGAGUGACCGUUCUUUUCAUUCUCAAAACAUCAAGCUUGGUAGAAAACAGGCUAAGAUUGUAUUUGCAAGGAAUUCUUUGAGGCAUUUCUGCUGUCUGUAGUCAGGUAAUAGCAAGUACUGAAUAAUGACCGAGUUUCACGUUCCUGGAGUCAUGCAUAUGCAUUAGAAGUUGCAGUGUUUUAUGUUGUGGGUCUGCUCUGGUUCUUCUCUGUUUGUAGGUGGAAAGGCACUGAAAGAAGUACAGUGUUUUAAGCUUGAAUUGUUCUGUAGUUAUAUCUCCUUUGAAAACGCAGUCACACAGCAGUGGACGUGAAAGCGUGACACUAGAAGUGAUUUAAUUUAGCAAUUAUGAUUCCUCUUGUAAAACAAAACAAUAAAACAAUGCCAUAUUUUUUGGAGAGAAUUGGCAAUAUAUAAGGGGUUUUGUUGCCUGUCUGUUUCAGAAGAAGACUCCUUUGUGUUCUUUUGGGAACCAGUGCCUUAUUGAAUUUGUAUAUACUGUAAUUAUUCAGGACUAGGGAACAAACAAUUGUAUUGUAUUUGUUACAAAUUGUAUAUGGCUUUGUUUUAACAUUCCCCCAAAUAAAAUGGUUUCAUUCUCCCCUUGGAAAGAA